GGUGGGCGGGGCGGGAGGCCGGCGGAGCUGUGGGGACGCCAGGUCUGGAAGGUCUGAGCCACGUCCAGCCUGGUCUCCGCCAUGGGGCAGAUCGAGUGGGCCAUGUGGGCCAACGAGCAGGCGCUGGCGUCAGGCCUGAUCCUCAUCACCGGAGGCAUCGUGGCCACGGCCGGCCGGUUCACCCAGUGGUACCUGGGCGCGUACUCCAUUGCGGCGGGCGUGGCGGUCUGCCUGCUGGAGUACCCUCAGAGCAAGAGGAGCAAGGGCUCCACCAUGGAGCGCUAUGGACAGAAGUACCUGACCGGAGCGGUGAAGGCGUUGGGGCCCCUCACCAGGAACUACUACAUCCGGGCCUUCCUGCACCUGGGACUGGCGGUACCUGCCGGCUUCCUGCUCGCCACCAUCCUGGGCACUGCCUGCUUGGUCAUUGCGAGCUGCAUCUACCUGCUGGCAGCCAUCCGAGGGGAGCAGUGGACCCCCAUCGAGGCCAAGCCCAAGGAGCGGCCGCAGGUGGGGGGUACCAUCAAGCAGCCACCCACCAACCCCCCGCCCCGGCCCCCCGCCGAGGCCCGCAAGAAGCCAGGUGCAGAGGAGGCGGCGGAGGUCCCCACGGGUGGCCCCCAGGAAAACCCCAUGCCGGUGACCGAUGAGGUCGUGUGACCAGGCCUUGGACCCCUCCUGCCCCACGGAAGCUCCGAGGGCUCUUCCUGCGGGUGGGUGGGGGGUGGGCGGCCCCCACCGGAGGCACCCCCUUUCCUGCCGCCUCCUCCGGGUUCACCGGCCACAGGGCUGUCACCCUCCUCUGCGGCCCCGGGAUCUCUGGGCCUCGCCUGUGCCGCGAAACACGGGUCUGGAACUCCA